UGUAAAUGCAUUCGCUGCAACAUGGAGCGCUGCUAAAGCGCUAAAAAUUCUUCAUCUGUAUAGAUAUCUAUUAACCGCAUAUUUCAUUCAAAACAGUGUAUGUGUAAGUUAAUUACAUGUUGCAACCAAAAAAAAAGAAACACUUUGCAACGCAUAAAUAAUAAUAAAUUAGAAACUGUUAAUUAAGAAUUAAAACAGUUGCCCAGAAUGGGUAAAACUCGAAAUGGAAAGGCUGCUGUUAUAUGUACAGCACUGGCGUUCGUUUUUAUUAUAAUUGCAUUCACCACACCCAAUUGGCUUGAAACAGACGGAAAAUUGGAAAGUCCAAAAUUUAUCAGAAUUGGUUUAUGGCAAGUGUGUUUUCAAGGAUUUGAAGAUCCACAUCACUUGUAUGAUACUAAAUUUUAUGGUUGUUGGUGGGUGUUUGAAGAAGAAUAUUACAUAAUACAUGACAUACUCCUGCCAGAUUUUUUUGUUGCAACGCAAUUCUUUUUUACUUUAUGUCUGACUUUAUUAUUAAUAGGAGGUUUCUUAGCUGCAUUGUAUAUGUGUUGCUCACAGCGUCAUGAUAAAUAUCAGUUACUUUUAUGGACAACUGGUGGAAAUUUGUUAUUAGGUGGAAUAUGUGGCAUUAUUGCCGUUAUGAUAUUUGGCGCACGAGGCGAUGGUAGAGAUUGGAUGCCUAAUUGGGAACAUAAUGAUAUUAGCUGGUCUUAUGCAUUAGCUGUAAUUGGUAGUUUUAUUUUAGUUAUAUCAGGUACAUUGUUUUUGAUUGAAGGCCGUAGACACAAAAAAAAACAAGAAAAAAUAUUACAUGAAGAACAGAAGACACAUACUACUAUUUAAGUUGAACAUAGUCUUCAUCACUAAAGAUGACUGUAUGAUAAAUUAUCCAUGAUAUUGAAGAUCUGGAUAGGAGAUCUAAAUUUAGACUUAUUUUUUUGUAUGUUCUGCACAAACUUUUUGAAGAUAUUCAUAUACUUUAAUAUUUAUAUUUAUUAUCUUUAAAAGUAUCGCUCAUUUACGAACAAAGUGCAUUAUCUUUUGUAUAUUUUAUAUACUUUUGCGAAAAUUUGAAGGUAGCAAUAUAUAGAAAGAAAAUAUUUCAUAUAUUUGUAACUUGUAAUGAAAAGUUUCGUAUAUAAGUGCAUUUAUUGUUUUAUAAACUAAUCCGCGUAUAAAAUUUGCUAACGAAUCCGUCCAUAAAAAAGACUAAGAGUUUAUGAAAAGACUAAGAGUCUAUAGAAAUAAGUGAUGUUAAUUAUCUAACUGAAGUCUAAUAUUUAAUAUUAUAAAAUUGUACGAGAAGUUGGGCAGUAAUAAAGUAACUUGUUUCAAAU